UACAACCCCCUCUACUACUACAACUAGCCCCACCACUACUAAUCCCACAACUGCAGCUACUACUCCAGCUCCACCAUAUAUCUCUGUAGACACAUACAAGAGAGUUGCAAAUGUGAUGAUAACGAUUACACAGGAGUUUACCAAUGACCUGGCAAACAGUUCUUCUCAAGAGUACAAAGAAUUUGAAGAGAAUUUUACACAGAUGAUGAAAAAAGUUUACCACAAUGUUCCUGGUUUCUUGGGCGUGAAAAUCAAAACAAUCAGUAAGGGCAGCAUCGUGGUGAAUCAUGACGUUCAGGUCGAGAUUAAAAACACAGACACUGCCACUGAACAGUAUGACACAGUCCUUCAUGAACUGGAUUUCGCUUUGGCAGAGGCGGCAAACUGUGACAAUAGCAAUCCAGAUUUGAACUGUACAAAGCUGGACAUCGAUACAAGUUUAACCAAGGUUGAACAAGAGAAGUUUGAUCCGGAGGCUCUCUGCAAGGCCGCAGCUCCAGUUGGGUUCUCACAGUUCUACACGUAUCAGAACAGCUCUGCCUCGGGGAUCGUGUGCGUCUCCGUGUGUGACAGCCGACACCAGAACCAGUACUCCUGCCAGCCGGGCCAAUGCAUCCUGGCUUCCUCCGGACCCAUCUGCUUCUGUCCAAUCUCAGACUCGCACUGGUUCCUGGGAAGCCACUGUCAGAACAAGAUCUCCAAAGCUGGGUUCUAUGCUGGGGUGAGCCUGACCGCCAUUGUGCUUCUGGCUGCUGUGAUGGGACUCCUCGUCUACCAGUUCAGGACCAAGAGACUAACGCAGCAGAGGGAGAGGGACAGUAAGGAGGAUCUGGUCAGCCAGUGGUUUGAAAAUGAUUUCAAGUGGCCUGAUCCUGACAGAGGAGCCUUCUCUCACCCCAGGACCUUCAACCAGAGAGGUUAUGGACAUUUUGGGGCGCAGGGAUGGUCUCCCUACGAGAGAAGCGUUUUCCCCUCGCUGGGGAGCGUGAACGCACAGAUUGAGAUGAAAAUUGAAAGACCUCAGAUCAAACCAUUUGAGAUUUAGGGGUCCCCAGCCCCCCCAAAAAAAAAUCUGUGGAACUUUUGCAAGAAGAGGAGUUGCUGAUCAAAAUGGGUACCCCCCCCCCCC